AUGUCCGGUAAUGUUCUGCCACGAGCGGUUUUGAAGGUUCCUCUGUCGUUGGGUAUUGGUAGAUAUGUAUGCCAGUUGAAAAGAAUCACUUUUAAGUUUUGCAAAUCUCGAAGUGAUAGUCUGGGUGUUCGUGAUUUCAUUGAAAACCAGGUUGUCAGUUUCGCCCGAUCAAAUCCAUCUGUGGUUUUUUAUGUUAAGCCUCGGAGGCACAGGGCACCUCUUCUCGUCGCCGAAUAUCGCAAGUUUAUAGCUGUCUAUUUUGCUAUGAACGGAAACUGGCAGUAUUUGAGGAUGGCGAAAAUGUCCUCGCAGGAGAUAGCUGCGUGGGUCCAAUUUAUGAUCACCCGUUCAGGUGAAAACAUUAUGCCAAUAUACAAACCGCGAAGUAGCUACAUGCCAUCCAUACAGGGCAUGUGGUCCCCUUAUGACACUCCGGAUCUGCCAGAUUCUCUAAUGACACCCUCAGAGAUCAUCGAGAAUCUUCGAGAGCUUUCAGCUUGUAACUUCCCAUGGGAGCAGUCCGCACAAGAUUAUCUUCAGCAACUUCAUGAGCGGAGGCAAAGACAGCAAAAAGAUUCACCUUGCCAAGUUACAACUUCACUGUAG